UUUAUAACACCCCUACAACAAUAGAUUUAACUUGAUGACUUCCUUGUUUUUCGAAAAAGUUUUAUUUGGCAGAAGUUGGGUAGUAGAAUUUCACUUGUCGGUGAAUAUGAUAUAAGGAACAUAGCAACAUUUACAUUUUUUCACUUUUAAAGUUUAUUUUAGGUUCUCCAUGGCAGUAAAUAUAAGCUAGCUAUUGAGUUCUUCGAAGUAGGGGUAAAAUGUUACCCGAGGCCAACGAAGAUUUCAGGUUAAAGUUUCCUCUACAUUCCUUAGUCUGGGAAAAUGAUUACAGGAAAUUGGAAAACGAGUCAGCAAAGCAUGACGUUGAGGCCGUGGAUCCCAGGGGACGGACACCGCUCCACCUGGCUGUGUCCCUGGGGCACCUUGAGUCAGUGAGAGUGCUUCUGAGACAUGGUGCUGAAGUUACCAAAGAGAAUGCCAAAAACUGGACAGUGUUGCAGGAGGCAGUCAGUACUGGCGACCCAGAGAUGGUGCAGAUGGUGCUCCAGAGGAGAGACUACCACAAAGCCUCCACAGCCCUGGGAGGAGUGCCUGAACUUCUAAGCAAGAUCCGCGAGUCCCCGGAUUUCUACAUGGAAAUGAAAUGGGAAUUUACCAGUUGGAUCCCCCUUGUGUCCCGAGUUUGUCCUAGUGAUGUUUGCCGGAUCUGGAAGAGCGGAGCCAGUCUUCGUGUGGAUGCCACUCUGCUAGGCUUUGAGAACAUGACCUGGGUCAGAGGUCGUCGGAGCUACAUCUUCAGAGGAGAUGAUACCUGCACUGAGUUGAUGGAGGUGAACCAUGACGAAGAGGUGGUAGAUACAGAACGUUUUGACAUCUCCCGGGAGAUGGAAGAUGUAACACUAGACUCCAUGCAACCUGCUGAACAGGAAGUGGCCAAGCGACUGACCACGCCCAUCGUCAACACUUUUCUGGAUACAAGGCACAUUGCUUUUGAGAGAAAUAAGUCUGGUAUUUGGGGUUGGAGGACAGACAAAACUGAGAUUGUUAAUGGUUUUGAGGCUAAGGUUUUCACUGUGAACAAUGUUAACGUGGUGAUCCGGACGAGGACAGAGCAUCUCACAGAUGAGGAGAAGGCUAGAAUAAAAAGUGAGAGGAAUGUUCUGGAGUCUCUCCUGGGAACUGUGGAGCAGCACAUAAGUGCUCAAGGGGACCUCACUUUGGAGUUUGCGACAGCCACCAACCCCACCGCUAUUACACCAGAGGAGUACUUUGACCCUGAGUUUGAACUUGAAGACAGAGACAUUGGCCGGCCCAUUGAACUCACAGUCCGAACCCAGAAGUUCAAGGGCACAUUGUGGAUGAGUGAGGAGCACCCCCUCUCACUGGUGGAGCAGGUCACCCCUAUUAUCGAUCUCAUGGCUCGUACCAGCACCCACUUCGCCCGGCUACGGGAUUUUGUCACCCUCAAGUUCCCGCCAGGGUUCCCUGUAAAAAUAGAGAUUCCCCUGUUCCAUGUGCUCAACGCCCGCAUUUCAUUUGGCGGUGUGAACAAGUGCCGAACGGCCCAACCCCUGGACACGCCGCCCUCGGGUGCUACACCCACGCCCUCCGAGGAGGAGGAGGCGGAGGAGGUGGAGGAGGUGGAGGGCGGGAAAGCUUCGGUCCCCCCUCUCUUCCAAGUGUGCCCCUCUGUGUUUGAGGUUCCCCCACAUUACCGCCGGAGAGGAGGAGUAGGAGGAGGCGGCAGCCGCAACACACCUGUGUCCAACCACGACGAAGAGCUACUUCAGUACGCCAUCCACCAGAGUCUGCUGGAGUCCGGGGGUGGAGCCCUGGGACAGGAAGCGACCUCGGAGGAGCAUAUGGACUCCGUGCUCAGUAUUAACAGUGACAGAAGCAUCCCAGAGGGGGCGCUGGUGGACUUGGGAGAAACUACGUCCAGUCUAGCCAGCUCGAGUACCUCAGCCUCCAGCCCCGACACAGAACUCCGGUUGGCCAUUGAGCUUUCGGCACGUGCACAGGCUGAGGAGGAGAAGAGGAGGAAGGAGGAAGAGGAAGAGCUUGAUAGGAUAUUGCAGCUUUCGCUAACAGAAAAGUAAACGGAGGAAAAUCUAGGCAUAAAGGGAUUAUUAAGGCGACGCCUUGCCAUAACUGCAUUAACUAUUAAUUGACCCAGAAGCUGCCCCCAUUUCCCACCAAUCCAACCUCCAUACACCCCCUUUCACUACAACCUGCCUUGACACCAGGAAAACGUGUAACGUCAAUAACACAACAGUCUGUAUUUAAUACUUAUUUUUUUUAACAUAUAAAUACAUUGCUAUAUUUGUAUUUUUAUAUUACACUUUGGCUGUGUUUCAUGAUGUCAAAUUCAUGCUUGUCCCUCCUUUAAUGUCAUAAUACAUAAUUAUAUCCACAACCCUCAUCGCAUCAAAUUCCAACAAAUUCAGGAGAGUUGAAGAUAGGGACAUGGCUUGCUCUUAUGUGUCUUCUCCAAGAAAUUCUGUUUUCCAUACAACACGUCUAAUUAGAGGGUCAGUCAGGUCAACGCUCAUGAGGACACACUAGCUCGACUGACAGCUUCAGUUAGCAUUGGUGUCAUCUGAUCCGCCCUAAAGGAAAUUGCGAGAACGCAAUGAGUAAAACAAAUCCCUGCUGAUAUUGCAACACCACACCCGGGUCAAUGUUUGGCCAAUAUGCUUCACCCCAUGGAUCUCCCAGCCACGUCAGUCAACGGUACAGACAAGGCUCUAACCUGGACUGUAUUGGACUUAAUGCAUUUUAAGGUUGAGCCAUAGCCACUCCUUUCUCCCAGAGUGACCAAUGUAUAUUCUUUUUUUAGAUUGUUUGGGGAAGGUUUAAUUUCACUGCAGGGUCCUAUGGACCUGUGAUCAAAUAUAUUAGCGGUUGCCAAGAGCAGGUUAAACCUAUAUCUUGUAGCUUCUUACGUUGUGGCUCUGGAAGGUUCGUUAGGGCACCAAACAAAAACAAGCUGAAUGCACGACUGAUAUUGUCCAGGACUUCUUGGACCUGUCCAAUAAGAAAUGCAAAUGUUUCAGUUUGUUGCAAAAGAUUUUUAAACAUUUUCCAUCUUGUUCCCUAUUAUGACCCAGAAAUUGACACUACAGUGUUCAAAGACGUUCGGUUGAGGUUCACAGACAGACCGAAAAACGUUUAAUAAUGUCUCAGGGUUUGUGUUUUCCAGUCUUUUAGGAUUUUAUUUAAAAUCUAGUCAUAGUAGUAUAUUUGUUUAUUAUAGACAAUUGUUUUCUCUUCCGGUCAUCAAUCUAGAUUUUUCUUUGAACAGGACGGCAUGAAACAAUAUGACUUGCUGGUGCCGCUGUGUUUCUUUUUGGUCUGACCCUGCAUAACUUGGGUCCUUUUAAUGGAAACUUGUCAUUCCUGGGAAAAAGAUAGAGGUAAAUGAAUCUUGUGUUGCAAGAACUCCACUUGUGGAUUUGUCAUCAAUGACACAGUGGAACCUGGUAAUGAAAGUCAACUGCACUAUACAGUAGAUCAUUCAAACAUGUACAAGACCAGGUUUUUUCAAAGGGCAUCACCAAUAGUCACUUAGCACCAUCAAGCAUUAACACGUCUACAAAAGCCUGUGGAUUAUGAAAGAACACAUGGUUCAGAAACAACAAACCAGGAUGGCAUUAUGUAUCAUUAUGAGCUAUCCAUUGGUGAGGAAAUCUUUUAUUCUUUUAAUGUCAAAGAAUAUAACCAUCAGACCUCAAAACAACUGUCUUAAAGACACCUGCUAGGGCUUUUUUUUUAUGUGUAUGUUGAAUCUACAGACAAACCUGUGGACUGGGAUCUAAGAUUUAAUAUGGAUCUAAGAUUUAAUAUGGUUGCCAGCUCAGUGUAGCAUCAUCAUUUUGUACUGAAGGGAGACUUUCCUAGCCUGUUUAGCUAACAUUCAUCAUCCAUUGUCUGUGCUCUUGUGCAGAUCUGAGAGGAAUUUGUUAAGGUUUAAGCAAUAGGCAACUUUGGUCUGGAAUGGUCAUCAGGAGAGAUAAGCCAAGGAAUAACACAGCAAUUUGCUACUUUAACAAGGAGAUUUCAGUUGGAGAAAUGUAAUUUAUGAUUUCCGAAACUAGAAUUUUUGACAAAGCGGGCAGUUAAUUGCACCCACAUGGUGUCCCAGGUCUGAAUAUGUUCUUGGUUAGAAGAAAAACACAAAAACCAGAAUGGUUUCUCCCCACCCGCACUGAAGUUGCCUACUACUAGAGUUAAGGAACUAAACACUUGGAAAAUAGAGUAUGUCUACCUUUUCCUCUCAUUGGCCAUUUUUAUAAUGUUGGUCAUCAGAUCGUCACAACAGGGUAGGGUCCAGGAAUCCAUAUGUGCUUAGGCCACAAAUACGGAGCGUAGGUAGGUAGGAAAGAGAUUGUAGUUGUAAUUCAACUUGAGUCAGACCUACUAAAAACACCACAGAACAUCUGAAAUGUCUUUAAAGCUGUGAUCAAGGGGCUUCAAAAAAAAAUGUCCUGCCCAGUGGUAUUUCAUAAUCAUUUAACCAAAGUCGUUAAACUGAUAACCAAGAGUACUCUGGACAUGUUUCUGAGGCAUUGCUUUGACAACCAGAGCUCACAAUGUCAGGUGACAAAAACUGGACAACAGUCUAAUAUACCAGGGUUCUCAUUAAAUAGUUUUUGUACUGCUUGUUUUUGCUUGCAGGUUAACUUACUUUAAUACAAUGUUAAUGAAUUCUAAAAAUUAUUUGUAAACUGUGAUGUUGGUUUCAAAAUGUCUUAUAAAUGCACUUUAUUUCAA